CUUCGCGGUGCCGUUUGGCUCCGCGGCUCCUCCCCCGAAGCGGCUCCUCAAGCGGUACAGGACCGAGAUCGCGGCGAGCAGCAGCAGCGUCCUGUCCACCGUCCUCUCUUUCCCGCUGGACUCGGUGAAGACGCGGAUGCAGACAUACAGAUACAACAGCUUCGUCGACUGCGUCCACAAAACAUACCAGACGGAGAGACUGAGGGGCUUCUUUCGAGGUGUCACGGCUCCUGUCGCCUCUAUUACGUUUGUACGGACAGUGUCGAUGUCCGUAUACCAGAGGUCAAAAUAUACCUACUCGGGAUGGAUGAAGCGCAACUUUGGAGUGGACCCGAUGAGCCGCAUCAACACUCCUGGGAACUACCCCAGCUUCUCGACGGUAGCUUGCGUCGGAGCGGCAGGCGCAACAGCUGGCUCUUUUAUUACAUUAGUUGCCUGCCCGUUCGAGUUGACCAAAUUAAGUGCCCAGGUCUCGGUAUUGAUGGCUGGCAAGACCGUCACCAGCUCCCUGACAGACCCAACUGGAACUAGCAAUACUGCAUCCAGCAAUACUAUUGCUGCCAGCUACCAGAAUAAAGGAACAUGGAGCACUGCGAAACACAUUGUCAAGACACGUGGCUUAGGGGGUCUAUAUUCGGGGUUCAGCCUCCACCUCCUCCGAGAUACUCUAGGCACGGCAAUCUACUUCAUGACCUACGAGAGCGUCAAACAGGUCCUACUAACCUACCGCGGUGACAACACCACCACCUCACCAGUAGCGGUAGCCGGCGCGGGAGGUCUCUGCGGAGUCGUAAGCUGGGCUCUGAUCUACCCCAUCGACUCGGCGAAGAGCAUAUAUCAACGCAACUGUCUUCUGCACCAAAAGGGCGACCUCAUGACGAGACCCAAGAUCCAAUUCUCCAAUAAACGCAUGUACAGGGGGAUAGGGGUUUCGAUGAGCCGUUCCGCCAUCGUCAACGCGAUCUUCUUCUCGGUGUUCGAGUUCUUAAAGAAGCACAUCAAUGCACUUGAAGACAAGUGAUGCGCGCUGGCUUGGGGAGAGCAUAUGUCACGAUGAGCAUGGGGCGGGUGUUUGGUUCCCUGGGUGGCUCCCGUGUAUAGUUUAGUACAGUACAGUACAUAUGUGGUUUAUAGCGAAAGCGCGAUAGCAGUAUAGCUAAAUUUUAGUAUAAAAUUAACCAAAGAGUAAUCAUGUAACCGUGACGAAC